ACGGGCCUCGCGCUCCGCCAGGUACACAUCUCGCCUCACGCACUCGCGUCCACGCUCGCACGCUAUCUAACAAACGAAGCUGAGUAUCGAAAGAGGAGGAAGCAAAAUGAGGAUAACUUACGUGCUCUUUGGCCUCGCGUUGCUCGUUGCCUACGUACACUCGAGCCCUAUCGUCAAAAGGGAAGCGGAAUCCGAGGAUCUCAAUCCAUUGAACGAGAUAUACAUCGUGGAGGCCGACGAUGAUCAGGCUGCGGAUGGAGACAGGACCGACAGGGAUAAGAGGAAAGUCGGCGUCAUCAAGCUGGGCGUGUCCAAUGGAAUAAUCAAUUUCGUUUUCGGCAAGCUGGAUUCCUUCAUCGAUGCGAAAACUAAAGCGCUGGGUACGUUGGACGAGGCAAAUAAAGUAAAGAACGCUGCGUAUGGCAUUGAUAACAAAUAUUCGGCAACCAGCAAGUUCAUCAGUGAUCUGGUCGCUUCGAAACUGAAAGCAGCGAGCGGAAGCAUCGGACCGGUACUAAACAGCGCGCAAACUUUCGUCUCUAGCUUCAAGCACGGAUUGGCUGGUGCUACCGCUUCGAAAUUGCAGCCGCUUGCUGCCCUCGCCGGUGGCUUGUCCUCUCAUUCGACGCCCGAUUCGCAUGGACACAACGGAGACGAAGGAAACGGAGACUCGUCAAACGCGCUCGCGCUUAUUGGGAACCUUUUGUCUAAGAAGAUCAGCAGCUUGAGUCAGUUGAGUCAGAACAAAGACGUCGGACAUUCUGGUCUUAGCGAAGGAAGCACCGGCUACGGAUCGUACGGACAUGUUAGCGACGGGAAACCGAUUUCGGUCACCACAGAAGAUAUCCCCACUUUCGAUAGGAUGAGGGUGUCCUUGGACGUACCACCAUCUGUAUUCGGUUCUGGUUUCACCUUACUUACCAAUGUCAGCAAAAUCCUGAGCAGGAUGAUAAUGAAUUCAGCACGUCGAACACAAUCAACCGUAGAACUGCUUAAACCAAUAUUCAAUACUGUCCUUUUCUCUGGUGAAAAGACUCACUAGAAGGAACUCUUCGGAGGCGGCAAUCAAAUAGCUCAAUUAUUACUUCAAGCAUUUUCACGGGGUCCUGUUUGACACACGCCAUUCUUCGGGAACGAAUCGAGAGGCGGGCUCCAGUGAUCCUUGCAAAUAGUCUGAAUUAUCAAGAUAGAAUCCAAAUUAUGGAAUAUUCGUCGUUUCUUUCUUUUUUUCUUUUUUUUUUACGAGAAUCCUGAUCGGAAGGACCUUAGGUGAAAUUGGAGGUGCCUGUUAGAUAUUUUACCAAAGAAAUUUAUUUUCUACGGGAAGAACUAUAUUUAUCGACCUUUUUGUACGUUGAUUAACUCAAUCGAAACUAAAUUCUUUUCUAUCCUUUGAGGAAAAAUUGUUCCUAAUUAAAUAUGAAUAAUGAAAAUGUCACCUCGGAUAAUUUUGAAGAGAAGACGUAGCCCAUUAAAAUGCCAGAUCAUUUUUGUCAAGAACAAAUACAUUUGUUAUUCAACUAUGUAGUAACUUAUGAAAGAACAAGGUUGUGUAGACGAAACAUGGAAUCUGCAGAGAUUAAACUCGCAAUUUAUAGCUAACAUCAACGAAGGCUGAUUUUAUGGAAUUUCGACGAUGGCUGCGAUCGCGGUUAAUCGUUCGUCGCUUCGUUCCUAUCGAAUUCGUUGCCAUAAAUUAUUGUUCGCCAAGCCGAUAGUUCAAUGGUCGCGUGCCGAUGUCAAGGAAAUACAACGCUGCAAUAAUUUACAUAUUACACGGUUGUUGCUUUAACAAAUUAAAUAACAAUGUGCGAUAUCAGAAUCGUGGAGAAGUGUUGCGAGCACUUAUUACAAAUACAAACUUGUUAACUGUA